AUGCUCUCGAAUAUUUAUCGUCAACAUACAGAGCAUACUUCAGUUUUGAAACAAAAGCAAGAAAAGAAAAAAAAAGAAUUACUAUCAUCAGCCGAACAAUUAACUCGUCUUGUACUAGAUGGACUUAACGAUGAUGUUUCUGAAUGUUAUAAAAAUCAAAAAAGGAUUGAUCACGCAUGUAAACAAUUGACAACACAAACAAAUUUACUUUUAAAACAAUCCCAAGCAUGGAUUACACUGAUUGGACAAUUUACUGAUGCAUUGAAAGUAUUAGGUGAUGUUGAAAAUUAUUCAAAAAUUAUUGAACGUGAUUGUCUUACUAUUACCAAUACAUUAGCUAACGUUCAUCAAGAUAUGACUAAAAGUCGACAAAUAGUUGAUGAUGAACCUCAAGAUGCUUCAAAUUCCUCUAAAUGA